CGAUCUACUGUUGCUGUGUCUAGUCUAGGUACGGAAUAUGUACUAUCUCUCUUGUGUCUGUGUGUCUGUCUGGGGCUCUUGUUGAUCCUGCCAGGCUGCUUGGCUGCCCAGGCUGCCAGCCUGCCAGCCUUGCUCGACCCCUGGACCUUGGCAGUGUCCCGGUCGAAUCCAAUCUUGGGAGAUGAAUUCCUGGGGACCUGCAGCAGGUGGUGAACGCAUCUUGCCGGGACCCAUCCAUUCUGAUCCACACCAGGCAUGCAUGGGCUGGGCACCUGGGCACCUGGGCAAGCUGGGCAAGCCUGACAAGCAACAGGCCGAGAGACAAGACAGACGGGCACCCGCACACCUGCAGGCCCUACUCCGUAUGCAUGGCAUGCUCCUGGCUUGGAUUGGUGCGGCGCCAGACGGGCUCCUGUCCACGAACCAUUUCUCCCUCACCACCGUCUUCCUCGACAUCCACACGACAACGUCGUCCACAAUUUUCCCACUGACUGGCCCAUCCAGCCAUGCCAGCUACCACCGACCUGCGUGGACUGCAUAUCGGCGUCUACACGCUGCACUGAAGGGCAUUGCAUUGCAAUUCCUUGUCGAUCCUUUCCCCGGGACAUCUUGUCUAUACGGAUAAUUCCUGUUGGUCUGCCGCUCGCCAGGCUACCUUCUUUGCCCUCGACCGACCUCCCUCCUACCCAGGUCUUUAUUUUCCCCCAAUUCCCCUAAAUCCUACCACGACAGUAAUUUUACUUGCGGUUGGCUCUGUGAGCCUCGGAUCGACCUUCAAUUCUUGCAUCCUUUUUGUUUCUUGUUUUCUGCCAGACUCGUGGGGGACUUGUACAAACGUCGUCGAGAAACACCGUCGAUUCAGCAACGAUCGUCAUAGCCGAUCACAACAACCCUUCAUUUUACUCGGAUAUACAGAUCUGGUCUCCAUAUCUGAGAAACUCACUACUGGAUCCCCACCAAAGAAAACGGCUGGCCCUCUUCACCCAUUCGAUACCCAAUCGAUAUACAUACAUAUUCCGACCCGAACGGACGGGCCCCUUUGGGACUGGCAAGUGGCGCCGAGCCCACCACGACCAACCGACAACGCUUUUCCUCUGAGACAUUGGUCUUUGAAUAACCUCCCGAGCUGAGAUUAUUGAGCCCGUGUGGCUGGCCCGUCGAGCAAGUUUUCACUCAGUUGGGAUCAGUGAAACCGAAAGGUGUAACGGUCGCAACUGUCAGCUCGAGGCGUCGUCCGAGAUUCGGGUCUUUGUCUUUCGGGUUCACGAUCAACACGGAAUCGCAGAAGCGAGUGCGACAUCACCGUGAACUCAAAGAUCCCUGCACCCUCAGACGAUUGGAGGACAAAGUCAUGACUGGAACCAAGCCACAAUAACCCCACGACCUGGAUCUAGUCGACCUCGCAGUAUUGACCAAGCCAGACUGAUCACAGCAGAGAGAAACAAACCGACAACAUGUUCAGCCGCGUCAUCCUGCGCCGGAACGACCCGGCCAGCGGCCGGUCUUCACUCGACGACAUCGAGAACCAGCCUCUCUCACCACGGGGCGACCCAUCUGACUCACCCGAGCCGGAGAUGGCUGAGCGGGGCCAGCAGGGCGGCUUCUCGCGGAUGGGUAUAAGACGGCCGAGCAUACCCUCGAGGUUCAGGUUCUCCAGCAGCACGCAGGCGACAAGUGCCAACGGGACAGAAUGGCCAGGCGCCCGCUCCACCACGACCCGUGCCUCGCGAUCCAACACCCACCCAGCCCCGAGGCCGAGCAGCAGCCACUACCCCGAGGAGGAGGAUGACGAGGACCUCGAGAGGCAGCCCGGACCCAGGGACUCGACCUUGCCCUCGAGGUACAGCAUCAUCGUGGACCUGCCGAGCACGAGGCUGCACCUCCCGAUGCUCCAGCGCACAUGGACGCAGGGAUCCAACGGGCCCCCGACGUCGAGGCCGCCCCUGCACGAGAUACACCCCGCCCUGCGGCCGUCCCUGGACGAGCCGUGCAGGCCGACCGCGCCACCACCCGUGCCCACGGUCACGGUGACCGAGCCCGCGCCCGUCGCGCGGCCAACCGGCCCCGGCAGCCGGGCCGGAAGCGACGGUUCGGGCCGGCUGUUCGGCGAGGUCGGUCGGCAACGCGGCGGCGGCGGCGGCGGCGACGGCGAUGGGUUCCACGGCCCAGACCCGGCGGAGUCGAGCCUGGCUGACCUGGUGGACGAGGGGCGGCGCAGGCGGCGCCACCACAGGGACCGCAGCGGGAGCGACCGGAGCCGAAGACACCGGCACCGCCGGCACCGGGACCGCCUCGAGGUCCCCGGCAGCAGCUCCCAGGGUGGGAGUUCCGACGGCGGCAGCGGGGACCGUCAGAGGAGGAGGAGGAGGAGGAUCCGGGAUGUCGAGGACGGCGACGGGGAUGGUGACAGCGACAGGCCCCACCCGAAACACUUCCUCUUCUGCUUCCCGUGGAUCAAGAGCCGCAAGGUCCGGUCGCAGAUACUGCAGUGCUUUAUCUCAGGGACAUUCCUGGUGUCCUUGCUCGCAGUCUACCUGGCCCUCUCCCUCACCAAGAACAUCAACAACAGCGAGUUCACGGUCCUCCUCAUCCUCAUCAUCCUCUUCGCCACCAUCUUCUUCUGCCAGGGCCUCAUCCGCCUGUGCCUGCUCGUCCUGCGCCCGAAGCGCUCGUCGGACGAGGCCCGGCGCAACGCGCUGCGGGGCAUGUACGGCCCCGGGGGCUACGCGAUCCCGCGGCAGCCGAUCCGGGUGGUCCUGGCGCGCGACGAGGAGGCCGCGGGCAUCGAGAGCGAGACGACCAAGAUGAGCCCGCCCGCGUACGGGCUGUGGAGGGAGAGCGUGCGCGUCGACCCCAACCGCAUCUACUGGGAGCGAAACACCGAGGUGCCCGCCGUCCCCGAGGAGGAGGCGGGGGAGCAGCAGCAGCACGACAUGUCCCGCGCGGGCGGCAGCGGCAGCAGCGAGGACUCUUCCGACGACGCCUCCUCUGGCGACGAGGCGGGCUCGUCGUCCCGCGCCCAGCAGCGCCGGCCCCCGUCGUACGCGUCCGAGGACGGCGUCGCGUAUGUCAUCGAGGCGCAGCCGCGGUCCAUCGCGCCCACGACCGAGGUCCCGCUGCCGGUGCACCCUUCCGAGGCGGGGAGGAUCGCCGCCGCGCCGAUUUUCUGAUUUUGUGAUCCGGGGAGGGGAUAUAGAUCACCCGUGUCACUGGUCUUUUAAGGAGGCCGUUGUUGUGUCUUUCUAGAUCAUACUGCUGCUUCUGCUGCUGCAUGUGUAUAUGUAAGAGUACGGUGGUGAAUUUGCGUCGCGUCUCGAAAAUCUUUUGCAGAUCGUGGUGGGUGGUUGGUUGUUGUCGGUGGUGGUGGAUAUGCUCACUGCUUUUGGCAGACCUUUCGUCUGCCUGCGCCUACAUUAUUAUUUCUAGCAUUGGUGUCUGGAGCGAAAUGGGUCACAUUGGUCGCGGCCAGUUUUUGUUUUUUUGUUUUUUAUCAUGGGAGGUGGGCAUUAUACACACACAUUCAUUGCCUUGGCAGUGGGGGUUGGUUGCACGGCGGAGGCGUGUGGUUGGGAGAAAAGCUUCAGUUGGAUCAUAUGGGAAUGAAGCUAAUACAAGACAAUGGCACACGAAUAGUGCGUCUCGGAAACAUGUCAAUUUUCUCGUGUGCCCUUGGUAAUCACAUAGUGCACAUCUCCUCCACGGCUGGAUCGAAGCACUCAGUCGGCUGCUGGUUGCAGCUCUGCCUCGGUGAGGAUAUCGCCUCACCUAUCAGAUCCCGCCAGUAGAUCUGGCCACCGAGGCUACACCGAGAUCCGGUCCGGGCGACAUUGUGCCCAGGACUUGCGCGAGUCUUCGCCCCGCCGCCUCCUAGAAAAGAAGCCUCGGUCAUGCGUUCUCGUAUCGACUAGACUACUACUUAAUUCAUUCGCCAUGUGGCG